UUCUUCUUCCUUAUCAUCAUCAUCAUCAUCAAUUCCUUGGAAAGGACAUUCUCGGUCAUUUUCAUUGGAUUCUAACAAAACUACAUCGUUAUCAAAACUAUCGCCUCCGAUGGUAUCACCAGUACUACCACCACGCCAAGGAUCAGCAACAUCAACCAUAGUGUCACCAUAUGAAUCAUCUACUAACAAUAAACAUCAAGAAGAACAUCAUCAUCAUCAUCGUCGUACUGUAUCUACAUCUCAUAUCAAUAGUAGAUAUACAACAUCAUCAUUUAUGGAUUCACCACAACGGAAAUACAUGUGUCACGAAUGUUCUAAAUCUUUUUCAAGACCUUCCUCUCUACGUACUCAUAUCUUUUCUCAUACUGGGGAAAAACCUUUUGCUUGUCCUUACCGAGAUUGUGAUAGAACUUUUAGUGUACAAUCUAACAUGCGUCGUCAUAUUCGAGUCCAUUAUUCUGCUUCUUUGAUGCCCAAAACCCAUCAUCCAUAAUCCUUUUUCCCUUUUUUAGAUAUCCCUUUUAUUUGUUCCUACUUUUAAAUAAAAAUCGAUUCCAUUUACACAUGAAUACACAAAUUAUUACUGUAUUAUAUAAAAGAUAUAUGUCAAAUGGUUUCUAUUUUAUUA